AUGCCAAAUCGUCCUAGAGAAUUCAUUGACUCAUGUGAUGAUCAUAGUUGUCAUGCACAUCCACCACCACCACCGCCACUUCCUCCGCCACCAACGUCACCCGAUCAGCCAUUCUCACCAUACCUGAUCUUCAUGUUCUGUGGUGUUUCUGUGUCGAUCUCUUUCAUUUGUUACCUCUUAUUCGCUGCAAGAUAUCGAAGUCGCCAAAGAAACAACGAGAACACAGAUGAAACCCAUGAAGAUUUCGUGAACGAGGAUCUUGGCCCGGUUGUUCACCAUCCUAUUUGGUUGAUCAAUACCAUAGGUCUCGAGCAAUCACAGAUCGAAUCUAUCCAAAUUUUCAAGUAUAAAAGAGACCAAGGGUUAAUCGAAGGGACUGAUUGUUCGGUUUGUUUGAGUGAGUUUGAAGACGAUGAAAGUCUUCGGCUUUUGCCCAAGUGCAGCCAUGCCUUUCAUGUCCCUUGUAUAGAUACAUGGCUACGUUCACAUAAGAGCUGUCCUCUGUGUCGAGCCCCGAUCAUCAAGAACACAAGUGAGCCAACUGAGACUAUAAUUGAUUCAAGUUCGAAUGAUCCAAUUACAAGGGAGGAAACGUCCCCAGGCGAGGAUUCUGAAACUGUUGAUCAUCACGUGAUUGACGUUGAAAAUGAUGGAGAAGUAGAGAAAACUUGUAGAAUUCUGGAUGAAACAAGCAGUGGGGUAAGGGCGAUUAGUGAUUUGGCUGAACAUCAUCGUGUUCAGGGACAUGAGUCAGUAGCAAUGAGGAGGUCAGUUUCAAUGGACGAGUCAUCAGCUUCCAUUGUUCAUAUAGCGGUGGCGAACGUUCCUCUUUCUGAUCAAGAAAGGCCUUUGACUAGUCAAAUGUUGAUGUCAAAGAAACUAAAAAGCAUUCCCAAAAGUGGAAAUAAGCUCAAAGGGACGUCGAGCUCUAGCUUUCGCAUAUACAGGAAAGCAAUGAAAAGUUCUUCGUUUGGGCAUUCUUCACAAAAGGCUACUAGUGUUACAAACAUGUGUCCUCAUAAUCGAUCUUAUUAA